GGAAUACCGGUCGUUAUUACAGAUGCGCUCGUGCCGAUUAUUACGCGCAUAUAUAUGAGCGUAAUUAUGAUUGGAAGCAAUUUGUUCUUCUUUUUUUUUCCACACAUUGUGCCAGAUAUUUUACACUUGCCGUCUGGUGCCGUCACUGAGAGCAGCCGUUUUUAGCCGUGAAAGGUCAUGUAUUAUAUCUCAUCCGGCAGGAUGCACGAAUUAAUACGCUCAAAGUUACGAGAAACGGAAACGAUAUACCGUCAUAAACGCAUCGAUGCAUUCGUGUAAUGUAUAUAAGUCUGCAGAUCACGCUCCGUUUUUAUUUGUUGUGCUAGUUUCACUUACAGCGGUGUUCGAUUAAUUUUCUGCGAUCACGGAUUUUCAAGAUGAAUAACGUCCUGCUGCUUCUGCUGCCGCUGUGCGAGCUGCUGCAGCUAAUAUUUGUUUCCGCGCAAAGUCCUGCCAUAGUUUUUCAGACAAUGGCACCAACCGUGCCUCGACAGUGCUUCUGCUACUCUGGAAUAGUGUGUCCUGCGGGCACAACAGGCGGUGUCGAUGUCAGAAUCGUAAAUAACGGAACAUAUUGCUCCACUGGAUUUGUGUACUGUUGCUCGUCUGGCGGCGGCGGCGGCGGCAGUAAUAUCGGCAUAAAUGCACCUACUUGCGGCAGAGUCUACAUCGCACCCACUCCGCAACCCGCAGGGCAGGCUGCUUUCGGUGAAUUUCCUUGGCAAGUGGCUCUUUACGCCAGGCCUAACAUAUACGUCGGAGGUGGAGCGCUUAUCACUUCGUUGCACGUUCUUACCGCCUUUCACAAAGUGACGUCUUACUUAAAUGGUGGACUCGUAGCAAGACUGGGUGAGUGGGACUUUACAGUUACCAACGAACGUUAUCCGUUCAGAGAUAUCGACGUCGAAAUGAUAUCUAAUAUGACAUUUACUGCAAACAACCUGCAGAACGACAUAGCGGUGCUCAAAUUGAAAGAGCCUGCUCCAAUCGGUCCUCCAAAUAAUCCUCAUAUCAACACGGUGUGUUUGGCAUUUGGACCACCUGUACCGGGAACAAGAUGUAAAGUGGCAGGCUGGGGGAAAACCGCCUUUAACGGACAGUACCCACAAAGUAUUCUAAAACAGGUCGACUUGCCUGUGGUAAGUUCAGCGGAUUGUCAAACGGCCCUUCGAAAGACGACACUCGGCGCCAACUUUGCUUUACACAGUAGCUUUAUGUGCGCCGGAGGGGAAGCUGGCAAAGACGCGUGCAUUGGCGAUGGAGGUUCAGCGCUGGUAUGUCCAAGUAAUGGUUUCCAAACUGCUGUCGGGCUGGUAUCGUGGGGUAUAAAGUGUGCAGACGGAGGAGUGCCUGCUGCGUACACUGAUGUAAAUAAGUUUGAUAGCUGGAUUAAGUCAGUGGCGGUGGUUUAAAACCACAAAAGUUGAGGUGAAACAACAGUAAUUGAAGAAUGCCAUAUACGUGCGGCACGAAUUACUCAUUUAAUACUUACUAUGAGUGUUUAUAUAGAAAUUUAGAAAAUCAUACGUUAUACUAAUUAUUAACUAUCUUAAAGAUAAUAAAAAUGUAUAAAGUAAUAAAAUAUAUAUUUUAGUUGUCAUACUAAUAAGAUAGAUUUGUAGAAAAAUAGAAAUUUUAAGUCGAAGUCUGCUGUUCUAUCACGAAAUAAUAGUUAAUAAAAAGUGAAAGAAAAUUAUUCUAAUUCGAAAAUAAUCAGUAUUUUAAUCCUUCGAAGGUAGAUAGGUAUAAAGAGAAAGAUCUGUUUUAUUUCAACUAAUAUUUAAUUUUCUGUAUUGAAUUUUUGU